UCUCAGCACAAACACUGGGGCAGACAGAGCAGGUAGACACGCAGAGAGGAACGUUUGCCAGAAGUAGUGGCCCUUUCACGUAGCAUAUGAGCUUUCACGCAGAGCACCAUCAGUUAGCUCCCCGUGUGCUUAUCUGGACCUUAGAGUAGAUCUCUACUAACUUCCUGUCCAUGACAGACGACUUCCUCCUGGGGAACUAUGUCUAUACAGAAGAAAGUGAGACCCAGCUCUGCCUUGGGCAAACUAGAGACCUACAAUGUGCCCAGCCUUUUUGGUGAAAUAAGACAGACAAGUUGCAAAAUAAAUGGCGUUCAGCAACGUGCCAAAACAGCACUGGGAGCAUCCAAAUCACACACAGCGCCCCCAAAUAGAUUUAUCGAAGAAUGCAACGAUCUUCAUGUGGACCUUCCAGACUGGCUGGAGAAGGAGCUGAUAAGGAGAAAACAGAGAAGGCAUUCCCUUGGGCUUGUAGAGAAUGUCACAGAAAAGGAAAGUCUUCAAAAUCAAUCCGAUCCCAUGAGGAACCUUAGGAAAGAGAAGAUGGAAAGGCAAGUGACCCUGAAACAGUUGAAGAAAUUGAAGGAUGCUUUUGAAGAGCUUGAAAGCAAUGGUCAACAAUCACUGGAUAUGGACAAAUUCAAAUGGGUAUUGAAGAAAUGUACAGGAUUAACUAACGAUGAACAGAUAGCAAAGCUUUUUAUGAAAAUAGACUUUACAGCAAGUGGAAAAAUCCGGUGGGAUGAAUUCUGCACCUACAUGCAACUGGACUACUCAGAACUGGAGGAAUCCAACAGCAGGAGCAGGAGGAUCAGUUUCAUACUGCCGGCUACAGUGCAGGAAAUGACACAUGGGGAUCCCAUCCUGAGGGUUUUUCCCAUGCCAGACAACACUCUGAUCAUGCUCCGGGAAGAUGGACAUAUAUAUUUUUGGUCUGCGCAGCUAAAACUCAAACGUGAUAAGGCGAUCUUUGAAAAGAAUGCAAAAAGAAUGCCAAAGUGGGUGACGGAUUUCACCAUUAUGCUGCAGUAUAACAAGCUGGUCUUGGGAACUGGGGACCGUGAAAUUCAGUUUUAUGAACUGUCCAACUUGGAGCCUUACUGCCAAAUCACUGGACUGGAAACUAUGCCUUUAAAGCUGGAUUACUGUGCAACCGAUACUGAUGAGUGUAUGAUUCUGUAUGGCGAUGACCAGGGAUGUGUGAAUAUUCUUCUUUUAACAUCUGUGGGACAGACCUUGAGGAUGUGGAAGAAGAUGCCCAGACCUGAUAAUCUUGUGCCUACAAUUGGUAUUGACAAUGCUGUUCUUUCUCCCCAUGUAUCUUUCAUCUCUUGGAAAGUCCAUGGUGAUUGGGUUACACAGAUGAAAUACUAUGACUCAAUAAAAGCUAUCAUAUCUGCCUCCAAUGACGAAGCUACUGCUUUGGUAAUCGGUUGCACUACUGGGACAACAAAUGUGGAGCAGCAAAUGAAAGACAUCAAGGAUCACAUGAAGGACACAAAGUGGAAAAAAGGACCGGCCACUCUGGGGCCCCCACAUAAAAGGGCUGCUGGAGAUCAGACUGCGUUCCAUGUCUACAAAGGAGUGAAAACAUUUGCCUUUUGCAAGAAGAAUAGUCUUGUUGUGACCGGAGGAAUGGACCGGAUCAUUCGGAUGUGGAAUGUUUACGUACCUGCGCGAGUGACAGGUAUGCUCAGAGGCCACACUGCCCCCAUCUUUUCAUUGGAUAUUUCUUCAGAUGAGAACAAAAUAUUUUCUAUUGCCACAGAUAAUACCAUAAAGAUUUGGGAUAUACAGAGUCAAACCUGCAUAUUUUCUACCUGUUCCAAAUCCAGUGGAAUCCGUGGAGAGCUGACUGCGUGUCUGUAUAUCCCCAGCAUCAGAGCUCUUUGUGUCACCACUGAUGCCAUAGCACUUCUUCAGAUCAAGCUAAAAUCGGCUAUUCCUCCCCACCUGGAUGUCUCACACAAGGAAUCCGUAUUAUGCUGCAAAUACAACAGAACAUUUAGACAAGUGGUAACAUGCUCAGAAGCCUCCGUGGUGAAAGUUUGGGAUUUUGAGACAGGUAAACAAGUAUUUGAGUUUACUGAUGCACAUGGAGAUGCUGCAAUCACGUGCGCAACCUUUGACCAUAGUGGAAGAAGGCUCAUAACUGGAGGAAGAGAUGGAUGUUUAAAAAUCUGGAAUCACAAUACUGGACAGUGCUUGCAUACACUAAAAAGAGGAACGAAAUCUGAAGAAGUCUGUGACUGUACUUAUGUUGAAAUAAACAGAAACAAUUACAUUAUGGCAGUUGGAUGGGAUAGAAGAAUUAACAUGUACUUUGACUCUGAAAAUGACUUACAUCACAUUCAGGAACCUCAGCCGUGCUGGCAGGAUGAUUUAGUACGAGGGCACUGUGAAGACAUUCUGUGUAUAGCUGAGAAUCCUCCUAAUCUCCUGGCCAGCUCUAGUUAUGAUGGGGAGAUUAUUGUGUGGAACAUGAUCUCGGGUCAUAUACACUGCAGACUUAAUUCCCCCGUUUGUGCGGCUGCAGGAAAACAAUUUACAGACAGGAGCAUGAGCAAGAUCCUAUUCCUGAGAACGCGAACGAAGACGCUGCAGCCAACGGCUUCUCUGCUGUCUAAUGGGCCUCGAGGUUCGGUCAGCUUUUGGAGUUUGCUGCAAGGAGGAAAGAUGAUAGCAAGCUUUAAACCGUCAAGAGUGGGAUCCCAAGUGAGCAGCCUUGCUGUUAAUGAAGACGACACGCUAAUGUUUGCAGCAGACCACACCGGCUAUAUUUAUGUUUACGAUAUCGCAGACUACGCCAUGCGAGAGACAGAGAAGGAACCAGCAAAAUUGGUGGCGCAUUGGAGAGCUCAUGUGGACAUGAUUACCCAAAUAGAAGUGAUCGAUGAAGAUAAAGUUAUCCUGUCCUGUUCAAUGGAUGGUGCUGUUCGUCUUUGGGGACUGAGUGGAGAAUUUAUUGGAACAUUUGGUCAGAGUGACCCGUGGGAGAUUUUCACACCAGCUUCUUGGAAACAUCCUAUGGUUCCCUUUGAGAUUCUGAUUGAUCCUGAAAGCUUGCCCACUCAUCCAGUGCUAGAGGAACCAUUGGACAUGUCGGAUAUCAUUUCCCGGGAAAAAAAGGAAGCUGAAGAGGCACCUGAUGUUCAGAGAGAAAUAAACAACCCAGCCAUCACCGAAGAAGACAUCAAAGAAGAAAUUAACAACCAACAUAUUUUAUACAUACAGGGAAAGCGGUUACGGCAAGAGAGGCACAAGAUUGCACAUAAACCUUUGGAUCAUGGUGGGCCAAACGUCUUUCAUACCCUCCGAUACUUUGAUCUGUCAAGCAACCCUGUAACCGUUGAAAAGCCCAAUGUAUCGGCAGCUGCCAAUGAUCCUUUCCAAAGCUUUAUAUUAUCAGACGCAGACACAUAGAA